GUUAAUAUGCCAAGUCAAGUGGUAACGCUCACAUUCACCUGUGCAUGCGACGAUUCCCCAGUCUUAGUCAGUGAAUCAAGCGUUGCCUACAAAAAUUGUGCUGUAAUACAAAAUGGCAGCUUGCAGUUAUUGGAUAAAUAUUUUCGCGUUCUGCGUAAGUUUCGCGGUCAUCUCUUGCGUGCAAGUAGAAGACCCAUGCAAGAUUAAGUCCCGCGUUGCUGCAGACGACAAGUACUGUGACAAAUAUUGGGAGUGCGAUGGUGGUCAGCCGGUGCAGUACGACUGCCCUAAUGGCCUGGUCUUUGCGGGCAAACACAGAGGUGUGACUGAAGGAUGUGACUACCCCUGGAGGUCUAACUACUGCGAAUAUCCUAAAGUGCAAAUAAAUCCACCGAACGGCGUGGAGCAUUGUGAUUGGCUGUAUGGCAUAUUCGGGCACGAAACCUCCUGCACAAGAUACUGGACUUGCUGGAACGGAACAGCGACUGAACAACUUUGUAUUGGUGGCCUCUUGUACAACGAGAACGCUCACUCCUGCGACUGGCCGGAGAAUGUAGACGGAUGCCAAAAACAUCCCCUCUGUAACGAAGAUCCUAAUGGCAACGUUCCUCUUGGCAAGUCCUGCAACAGGUACUGGCAGUGCCAGGGGGGAUACCCUCGCCUGCAGAGGUGUCCCGCAAUGUUGGUCUUCGAUAGACGCUCGCUGAGGUGCGUGGUACCUCCCACAGAGGAGUGUGACGUCCCCACUACCACUCCUCCUCCACCAGAAGAGAUCCAGGAGGAAAGACAGCAAGUGCCGCACAAAUCCCACCGACCGAGCCAAGAGUACCAAGAUCCCCAAGGGCGUACGCGACCUCGGAACUAGGAUAGGCAUUGAAUUGUCGAAUUAGUAAAACCCCAUAUUGUAUAAACCCACUCAAGCGCAGUUGAUCGUCGUUAAAUCUACUCGCUAAUUGUCAAGUCACGUGUCACGAAAAACAGGUUGGUAACCAAUGUUUCAGAAAAAAUAUUACUGAAACAAUAUCAAUACAGAAAAUUUCUUUUACAAUGUGAAAGUUCAGGGAAGCCUAGUAAAGUUUCAAAAGGUUAGUCUAUCUAAUAAUUUGGAUUUUAUGUCUUCUCUUGCUUAAACUCAACAGAAAGUUUCUUGGAAUUCAAAGAAUGAAGCAUAUUUUGAAAAAACAAACUUCAAAGUCGUUUCUUUUUCCUUUUUUAUAACUUUCCCGUUGGUCCAAAGUUUCGUCUUUAGUUGUCAGGCAUUAAUUAUCGUAGUAAAACAUAUAACCUAAAGCUAAAUAUAAGUUAGACCGUAAUUACAUAUUUUGAGGCACUUAAUUAGGAGUUCCAUUAGAUUUAGAAUUAAAUUUGUAUGAGUAUCAUAGAAAUAUCAAAGAAAUACUCAAUGUUCUCCAAUGUAUGUAGAUUAAUAAGUUAAAUAGUAUUAAGGAAAUAAAAUAUUUUGAAUAAA